GUGGGGUAGGACUUCCCAUUUCAACGUUUCCAAUAAUUUUGCAGAAAAUCAUUUUGAUUGAUAAAAUGGAAUUAACACGAGAACAUUAUCGAGCCAUGAUUUUCUAUGAUUUUAAAGAGGGGCUGACUCAACAACAGUGCUCGCAAAAAAUGAAGCGAUUGUUUGGCGAUGAAGCACCAUCCUUGGCAACUGUCGAACGGUAGUUUAACGAAUUCCAGCGUGGACGUGUUUCGCUCAAAGACGAGCAUCGUGAAGGGCGGUCUGCCACUGCAGUCACUGCAGAAAACAUCGACGCUGUGCACCAUGAUAGAGGCAGAUAACCACUGCACAUUCAGGGAUAUUCAGGUAUCCUUAGGCAUAAGUAUGACCCAAAUCAAAAUCAUCUUACAUGAUCAUCUUGCCGUAGGUAAGCUUUGUGCUCGAUGGAUAUUACACAAUUUAACGCAAGCUCAAAAGAAAGCGCGUGUGGACUGGUGCAAGAAAAUGAUCAAGAAAUUUAACCGAGGUCAGACAAAAUCAAUGUUUAACAUCGGAACGGGUGACAAAACUUGGAUUUAUUGUUACAAGCAAGAAAGUAAGCGACAAUCGGCUCAGUGGAUCUUUCAAGACGAAGAGAAACCUACGAAAGUGAAACGCGGACGAAGCUGGCAUGAAAAUGGUGGCUUCUUUCUUUAGACGCACGGGUCAUGUUGCCACUGUUCCAUUAGAGGACCGCCGUAUAGUCAAUGCCAAAUGGUACACCAGCAUUUGUUUGCCAACUGUUUUCGGAAAAGUACGUGAGAAACGACUAAGAGGGCGAAUCCUGUUGUAUCAAGACAAUGUACAAUCACAUAAUAUAGCUCAAACAAUAGAGUUUUUGGCCGUUUCAGGAGUGGAAGUGAUGACUCACCCGCCUUAUAGUCCCGACCUAGCACUUUAUGACUUUUUCCUUUUUUCAUUCAUUAAAGAAAAAAACGCGUGGAU